UAGAGAGAAUUGGAUGUUACAUAAUUUAGUUAGGACCUAACUAUUUGCAUGAAGAGUUUGGUUUCAUUUUUUCAAGCAAAACUACAGAGGAACUGGCUGUCCGAGGCUGCGUUUGUCUGUUGUAAUCAGAGCGAUCUCCUGGUAGCAGGACCCAGCAGUGGCCCUGCCAUCAGGGGGAAGUAGCCCAUCCGGGAGGACCUGUCUCUGGAGCCUGCCACAGAGAUCUCUGACGGGGAGACCGGGAAGGUUUCUCAUUGGCGGCUCCUGGAAACUAUUUUCAAGGCAUGGCCCAAAGGCAGGACUGAGUGUGCCGGGCAGCCUUUGCUUUCAGGAUGCCCCCGGUGUGGGACCAGAGGAGCGCGAUGUGGCUGGCGGCCCUGCUGACCCUGUUGCUCUGUCGGAGCCUUGAGAGUCAUGGAAACUCUUUCACCAUCAACAGCAUCAACAUGCAGAGCCUGCCGGACUGGACGGUGGAGAACGGGCAGAACCUGACGCUGCAGUGCAUCGUGGACAUCAGCACCACGUCGCACGUGAAGCCGCAGCACCAGGUGCUGUUCUACAAGGAUGAUGUGCUCGUCCACAACGUUUCCUCCGUGAAGAACACAGAGAGCUUUCUUAUUCCUCAGGCCCGGGCGCAUGACUCAGGCAUGUACAAGUGCACUGUGCUUCUGAACAACAAGAAGAAGACCACCGAGGAGAACAGGCUGAGGGUGACAGGGGUGUCGAGUCCCAGGGUGACUCUGGACAAGAAGGAAGCGAUCCAAGGCGGGGUCGUGAUCGUCAAUUGUUCUGUUCCAGAGGAAAGGGCCCCGAUACAUUUCAGAGUGGAAAAAUUUGAAAAAAAUACAAAAACUCUCAAACUCAAAAAAGAGAAGACUUCUUUGGAGCAGAAUUUUGUGACUGUGGAAUUCCCAAUUGGAGAACAGGACCAUAUUUUAUAUUUUACCUGUGAAGCCAGGAUUUCUUUGGGGUUCCAAAUUGAGACUUCAAAAACCUCCGAGAGUGACGAUGUCACUGUGAGGGAGUCCUUCUCUACUCCCAGCUUCGACAUCAGCCCCACUGGGACCAUCACAGAAGGAGACCAGCUCAGCAUCAAGUGCACCACUCAGGUGAAUCACCUGGCCCGCGAGACUCCAGAAAUCAUCAUUCUGAAGGACAAGACAAUUGUGGCCAGCAGCAAACAGGGCCAUGAGACCGUCUACUCAGUAAUGGCCACGGUGGAACAAAAUGGCAACUACACGUGCAAAGUGGAGUCCAGUCGCCUGUCCAAGGUCAACAGCACCGUGGUCAAUGUCAUAGAACUGUUUCCCAAACCAAAGCUGGAGUCUUUGUCCACCCGUGUGGACCAAGGUGAGAGGCUGGACCUGCUGUGCUCCAUCCCAAAAGCCCCUCCAGCCAACUUCACCAUCCACAAGGAAGGCGUGAUCGUGUCACAGGCCCAGAAUUUCACCAAGAUCGCUGAAGCGGGGGACAGCGGGACGUACACCUGCACUGCAGGCAUUGGCAAAGUGGUCAAGAAAAGCAACGCCGUCCAGAUCACAGUGUGUGGAAAUAUCUCCAAACCCAGGAUUUUUCACAACACUAAGUCCGAGAUCAUAAAAGGACAUGCUGUAAGAAUCAGUUGCCAAUCCAUAAAUGGAACUUUACCUAUUACUUAUUACCUUUUAAAAGGAAGUGAUGUUUUAGAGACUAUUACAAAGAACUCAAGUGAUCCUGCAGUAUUCCAGGACAGCCCAACCAAAGAUGUGGAAUACAAGUGCGUUGCAGAUAACUGUCACUCCCACCCUGAAGUGUCUAGCGAGGUUUUGAGCAUCAAGGUGAUAGCCCCAGUGACCCAGGUCAAGCUUACUAUCCUGAGGAACCCCGAGGUGGAGUCUGGGAAGGAAAUUGUGCUUCAGUGCUCCGUGAACGAAGGGACCGUUCCAAUCACAUACAAGUUUUACAAGGACGAGGAGCACAAACCCUUCCACCAAAUCACCUCAAAUGACACCUCUGUAAUUUGGUACAAGGAGCAGGCUAGCAAGGAGCAGGAGGGGCGGUACCACUGUGUGGCCUCCAACAAAGCUAGUGUCACCCAGAGCAGCACCCAGAGCAGCACCCAGAGCAACAGGCUGACCGUCAAAAUCUUUCUUGCCUCGUGGAAGAAAGGACUUAUUGCAGUUGUGGUCAUUGGAGUGGUGAUUGCCACGCUGGUAGUUGGAGCCAAGUGCUAUGUACUAAGGAAAGCUAAAGCCAAGCAGGUGCCUGUGGAAAUGUCCAGGCCAGCAGCACCGCUUCUGAAAUCCAAUAAUGAAAAGGUGUCAGAGCCUGACAUCGAAGCCAACAGUCAUUACGGUUACAAUGAUGAAGUUGGAAACCAUGUGAUGAAGCAACCAAAUGAAAGUAAAGCAGACCCUAUGAACUCAGAUGUGGAGUACACAGAAGUGCAAGUGACCUCAGCAGACCCCCAGCAAGUUCUAGGAUCCAAGGGCACAGACACGGUGUACAGUGAGAUCCGGAAAGCCAAUCCCAAUUCUGUGGAAAACAGAUAUUCAAGAACACAGGGCUCGCUUGAUGGAACUUAGGACAGCAAAAGCAGGUGCUCCUGUCUGGCAGACGUCCGCGUCCCAAGAAGAGCAGAUGAUUCCCAUAUUCCAAGACCUCUGUGCACUCAUGAACCUGCUCUGCUCCCAUGUAACCUAGAAACUCCUCAGACCAAGGCACCAGUUCUCAAAUCCAUCCUGCUGCAUUCGUGUUAGGUAUAAAGAGAUACAGAGGGUCUGUCUGCUCAGUCGCCCUUGCGGCCCUCCUUCCACGGGGAAGCAUCCUCGCAGUGUGGAAGGAGGUCAGAGUUAACAGACCACUGAGUAUUUUAAAACUUGAAUGUUUGGUCUUGUACAGAGAUACAGAACUUUUGCAUGUGCCCUCCUACCUGUUUCAUCUUGUACCCGAUCACUAGGAGAUGGCCUACUCUGAGGCUUCUUAGUUUUCUGUUUUCUUUCUCUUGGGUCCUUCCAAGGCCUGAAGCUCUGGAUAGCGCUUGUUCUUCAAAAAUGACCAGACAGGGCUCCCCCUCCCCCCCUCCUGACCUCGCCCACCACAGGGUGGUAAACAAAGCUGCUUGGGUGCGGGUCCUUCGGAAAGGCCACCUAGAUGGCCCUGCAGGGCCCUGCGGGCCCAGCUCGGGAUGGAGCAGGAAGGCGCAUGCGCACUCAUGUCCUCUGGGCCCCGUCUUCCUCCAGCAAGCUGAAGGCCAAAGCGUGAGCAGGGGCUGCCUACGGCAGAUACUAUUUUUAAUAGAAAAAUGAAGUGUGUAUUUUUCUUACUAAUUUUUUUUAAUUUAUUCCCUGCUACAGAAGUGGUCUCCUGAGCUCUCCCGGUGUGUUGGAGGGGGUCUGGAGUGGGUGGAAAGGGCGGUGCCAUUGCUGGGGAGCGCGCUGCGCCGCCAUCGCCUUCCCCAGCGCACAGCGGCAGGGAGCCUGACGGGGGGUUGUAUUAAAUAAAUUUGAUUUUUACUCUUA